AUGCGGGCCCCGCCUGUCCUUAUGCUAAUGGUCAUCAUGCUGAUGUGGUACCCUCGUGCACCAUGUGUUCAGGACCGGGACUUCGUCGAGCUCUUUUGCGGGAAGAUGGAGGCAGGACUCCGCGGCACCUCCCUCGACAUCGAGUUGGAUCCGCAGACAAUGGAUUUCCUGAAGCCGGCGGGUGCCGCUAUACGUCUGGGCGAUCAGUGCUUCGGCCCUAUGGAAAUGAACAGUCUGGAGUGGAGGCUUCUGGAUGGGUAUGUUCGAUGGGCCAAGUGCCAAACGACAUACCCUUUGGAGCAACUGAGCUACACGAGGAACUUUGGUGAAUUCCUGGCUGGUGCCUUCAUGCAAAUCCGGUUGGAGCCCUUCGUUCCUGAGAACCACCGGCCGGGAUUGGGAGCUGAUGCUUUGCGGAAAUCCGACUACGAGCUCUUCGUGCAGGCUCGAGCCGUCGACGUACUUAUGUACCUCUCCAAAUCCAAAUCCCUGGACCUACCUGGAAACUGGGCCAAUGUGCUCCAGAUGGUUGGCUUGGGUGGCUGUGAAACUUCACGUUUGUUCACGCUUUGGGCCCUCCAGGUCUGUUUUGUAGUUUUAGCUUCGUGCGCUGGAGCUAUGGGUGCUAAGAAGAAGCCGGCCGAAGACACGCCGGAUGUGGCUAAUGUGAUGGCUAUGUUGCAAUCUAAGGGAUUGCUGAAACGUGGUCCCGAGCCCUUAGCUGCUGCCGAGCCUUCUAAGAAGUCUAAGACAGCCAAAGCAAAGGCGACACCACCCCCAGCAGAGGAGCCUAAGACCCGGGCCCGGAGCAAGCGCAAACCCGAAGGCGAGGAGGAACCCAAGAAGCCGAAGCAGAAGAAGCCAAGCGAGAAGCCCGAGAACCCACCAGAGAAGAAGCCCGAGAACCAACCCCAGAAGAAGACCGAGAACCAAUCCCAGAAGAAGACCGAGGACCAGCCCCAGAAGAAAGCCGAGGACCAGCCCCAGAAGAAAGCCAAGGAUCAGUCCCAGAAAGCCAAGGAUCAGUCCCAGAAAGCCAAGGAUCAGUCCCGAAAGAAAGCCGAGGAUCAGUCCCGAAAGAAAGCCGAGGAUCAGUCCCAGAAGAAACCGGAGAAACCCGAUCAGUCCCAAGCGAAACCCCACAAGGUGCAGGAGCCAGCUGCUGAGGACGACGCUGAGGGGUCUGAUGAAGAGGGUCCCUUUGUGGAGUGGCCACCUGAGAAGCCCAUAGGGCCGUUCUUGGAGGUGGGGCUUAACAUGAUGGUAGAGUGGCCAAACCUAGACAACGUGUGGAAGGCUUGCAGAGAGUCAGAUAGAGAGUUCUACAAAACGCUGAAGUACGAGGAGCUUUUGCAAAUGAUGGAAGUUGCUCUUGGUCCCAGGCCUAACCACGUGGAAACGCCUAUAGAGGUUCCUGGUGAGGAGAGACACCCGGGGCCCGUUUUGGAGGACAGCUCUUUGAAAAAAGAAGAUGAGGAAACAUCUGACGCAGAAGAUGAAGACGAGGAUCAAAACGAGGAGCAAGAGGAGGAGCAAGAAGAGGAGCAAGACGAGGAGCAAGACGAGGAGCAAGACGAGGAGCAAGACGAGGAGCAAGAGGAGGAGCAAGAGGAGGAGGAGCAAGAGGAACAGAAAGCUCCCCCUCGAGCAGCCAAGCCGAAGCCUGAAAGCCCAAAGGUGAACAACUGGAAUGGCAGCCCCAGCCCUGCCACGAAGGACGUGCCGACCGUGAGCCCCGAAGAGGUGAAGCCAACUGACCUGAACGCGAAGUUCAAUCAAGUCCACCGGUCGAACUCCGAAAGGUCCCUGACUACUUUGGUGCUGGGUGCCCACACGGCCAACGAGCAGGCAUACCAGCAUCGUCCACCCUCGGUGGUUGAUGCUGGCGAGAAGGGCGAUGUAUAUGAUGGGUUGGUGAGUGCAUCUCAAGUUGGCAGUGACAGCGAUCUACGAAGUCUGGUCACAUCGAUGCAGUCAGAGAUCACUAGGCUCAAGGCCCUGCUGGAUGCGAAGCCGCCGGCUGCCACAACCUCGGCCGAACCCGAGCAGGAGGAGGAGGUUUCGGUAGCCAAGGGCUCGAAGCCUGCUAACAAGGGGCCCAACUCAACUAGCCACCGUGCUGAAUGGAUGAAGUUUGGUCGGAGAAUGGAGAGCCAGGGCUCGGAGUUCCCCGAAAUGAGCAAGAUGUGGAAUGGAACGAAAGAGGAACAGCACGCAGUGUUUGCAAAGUGGCUGGAGAAGGAGAUGAACAUGGGCAACACCGAGGCCCAGCUGAUCAUUAGCAAAACGAAAUCGGCCGAGGUGAAGAGCGGCUACGAGGAGCUCACCGUGAAGGAAAUGGUGCAAAAGGGCUUCAGUGCGACAAAGAUUGAGAGCAUAGUCAGAAAGGGUGGAACCCCUGAUCCCGAUGCCCCUCACUGCCUCGAAUCGAUCGUCUACGUUUGCCGGAAGAAGAGGAACGUGGACGAGUCCGAGAAGGUUUCCCAAACCGGACAAGUGAAAGCCAACAUCAAGGCCAGUGCCAAGGCCGUGGCCCCUUUGAUGAAUCUCACGGAAGCCCCGGCUUCUGGAGUGACCUCGGGCCACACCGAAGCUGCUUUGCAGUUUGCUGCGAAUGUUUUCGCUUCAGGCACCGAGUCAGCAUUAAGUGGCGAAGCCAACACCGCCCCGAAGAAGGCCCCGAAAGCGAAGGCCAAAGCCAAGGGAAAAGCCGUGCUCCAAGCGCCCAAGACAAUCAAAGACCGUUUGGAGGAUUGCAAAGAGCUGAAGAAGGAGUACGAUGCCGCCAACAUUUGCUACGACCUACCGAAGGAACACCGUUUGCGGGGGGAGAUGGAGAAGCAUAAGGGCGACCUGGAAAACCAAAUGGAUGAGUUGAAAGAAGUGGAUGAUGAAGACGUCGAAGAUUUCCUUGAGAAGUGCCGAACAAUGGUGGCCCGGCUACAUGCCUUCGUGACUGGCUUUCGCGGGGACUGGAAAGCACUUAGACAAGCUUUCAACUUCAAUCGGUAUGCCGACCGCGACAAGGCAGGACCGAGUGGGGUUAAAGUAAAACACAGGACCAGUUAA